AUGGAUAAUGGCUACCAUUGUUUGGUGACUGCCAGGGCCAGUUUUGCAACCGUCCUGCCAUGUGCUCACCACGCCGUCCAGGACGCCUUUGCUGUCUUUCUGACCUAUCCUCUGUCCCCGGAAGAUCAUUUCCCAGGAUUGCAACGGGUGCACCGCUCAACAAGGCGACUGCGCGGGCACGUGUGGUGCGCACCAGGCGAUCUUACAGCGGCGGCUCGCAGCGGCGGACCAGCGAUACGUCAGGGCAGUCCGCCCACUCACUACCCCAGAGUGCCCGGCGUGCCGAAGCCGAACCGCCAACCUCAACUGCGGUGCCGACAGUUUGGCUUACCUAACAGUUACUCCCUCUGGCUGCCGCGAUUCGCCUGCCGCGCGGAGCUGUCGGCGCCGCUGGGCCAAUCAGCUGCGCGCCUGCUGCCGCGCGCCGCCAGCUUUCCCCGGAUUUUCGGUCAGCUGACCUCGCCUGGAGCCGGAAUCGAACAUUCGAUGCGCCCCUUGAAAGCCACUCCCCCGCCCUGCUUCAGCGCCAGCGAUCCCAGAUCCCAUGCAUUCCAAUUAGUCGAGGCUGGAAUGCCCAGAAAGACACCAAAGAGACAGACUGUAGCACAGCUCUUGAACGCAAUGGGACCUCCUCUUGGCAACUCUCAGCCAAGCAAGGAGAUCAUCGAUAGACAGACAAACUAUGUCGUAUAG